AUGGUCAUCGGUACCGCCGGUGAAUUGCCCAAGGCUCCCGAGGGGCCGAUUACCUUUAUCGAGGAUAUGACGGAUUCGGAGCUGGCGCUGGCGACUAAGUCGAGGGUCGGGUUGACGAAUCUGGGCAACACGUGUUAUCUGAACUCGACGUUGCAGGUGUUGAGGGCGAUUCCGGAGUUGCAGACUGCGUUGGGUCACUUUGAUGGCGGUUUGGGUGGCGCCGAUGGAGAACGCAAUCUGACCGCUGCGCUCAGGGAUCUGUACAAGAACCUUUCGCAGACGACCGAGCCUUUCCCACCUUUUGCCUUCCUCACCAUCCUGCGACAGGUGGCACCUCAGUUCGCCGAGAUGACGCGCGACGGUCACGGAUUCGCACAGCAAGACGCCGAAGAGGUGUGGGUGCGCAUCAUCCAAGCGCUCCAAAACAGCCUCCACGGACUUUCCGGCGAAGCGGCAGCCGACGCCUCCCGCAAGUUCGUCGAACAGUACCUCACAGGACACAUGGUGAUCAAGCGCUCCACCUCGGAAGCACCCGACGAACCGGCCUCGAUGAGCAAAGACCCUUUCUCCAUCCUCCAGUGCAACAUCUCCUCCACCACCAACGAGAUGACCUCGGGAAUCCUCGACUCGCUCAACCAGCAGAUCGAAAAGACCUCUUCGACACUCAACCGUACCGCCGUGUACGACGAGGUCUCGCGCAUCGACCGGUUGCCCGCCUACCUGGCCACCCACUUUGUGCGCUUCUACUGGAGACGCGACAUCAACAAGAAGACCAAGAUCAUGAGGAAGGUCAAGUUCCCGUUCGUGUUGGAUGCGCUGCCGUUCCUGACGGAGGAGCUGAAGGAGAAGGUGAAGGGGACGAAUGGGAUGGUGAAGCAGGUGGAGAAGGAGAGGGAUGAGCGGGCAAAGAUUAGGAGGAGGGCGAAGGCGAGGAGGGUUGCGGAGGAGAAGGCGAAGCGCGAGGCCAAGGAUGGGGAUGUUGAGAUGAAAGAGAGUGGUGGGGCGGAGGAGAAGAAGGAGGGAGAAGGAUCGGGUGCGGUCGAGGAUCCGAAGCUGGGUGUACCGCUGUCGGAGGAGGAAGAGCUGGCAGAGCGAGCGAAGGAACGAAAGCAGAUCCAGGAAUCCGUCCAUCCCGACCUGGCCCUCGAUACGGGUUGCAACGCUUCCGCACUGUACGAGCUCGUCGGCGUCGUCACCCACAAGGGUGCAGCCGCCGAUGCCGGCCACUACAUCUCCUGGGUCAGAAAAGAUCUCGACGAAGAGACCCAGCACAACAUCGAAGUCAAUGCAGGCGAAGAGCAGAGCCAGAGGGGUAAAGGAAAGGAGAAGUUGGACAAGACUGAGGCCGACGAAGAGUGGUACAAGUUCGACGACGAUAAGGUGAGCGUCGUCGGCAGGGACAAGAUCCAGGCGUUGGAUGGAGGUGGAGAGGAUAGCGUGGCGUACAUCCUGCUGUAUAGGAGUAAGAAGUUGUGA